UCAAUAUAAAAUCGUACCAAUACUGUCACUGAAAAAUUAGAAGAGUUCUUGAGCUAGGACAAAUCGUGAGAUAAAUUACAGAGAGAUAGCAUAUAUAUAUACUUACACAGCAUGUGGGCUCCUUUGAUUCUUGUCUAUAUAUGAAGACAGAUAGAGAUAGAGAUAAGAGAGAGAGUAUUUAGCAUUAUUUGUGCAACUUCUAUAUAUCAUUACAGCACCAUUUACUAGCUAGCCUAAUGGAGAGUGAUAAGAGCAAUGGAGAGUGUCAUGACAUUGUCAAUUGGUUCGAAGAUGUGGCGGAGAACGCCGGCGCAGUCCAGACACGUACGCUUCGCCGGAUUCUUGAACUGAACUCCGGCGCGGAGUACCUCAAGAAAUGGUUUGGAGGGAUGGCUAUUGAAGAGUUGGAUGAGAGUGCAUUGGAAUCGCUUUACACCUCUUUAGUCCCUCUUGCCUCCCAUGCAGAUUUGGAGCCUUGCAUUCAGAGAAUUGCUAAUGGGGACAAAUCUCCUUUGCUCACUCAACAACCCAUCACCACUCUCUCACUAAGUUCCGGAACCACAGAAGGAAGACAGAAGUACGUACCCUUUACCCAUCAUAGCUCCAACACCACUCUUCAAAUUUUCAGAUUGGCAGCAGCUUAUAGAUCAAGGGUUUACCCAAUAAGGGAAGGAGGAAGGAUCCUGGAGUUCAUAUACAGCAGCAAACAGUUCAAAACGAAGGGAGGUUUAACAGCAGGAACAGCCACAACCCACUAUUUUGCAAGUGAAGAGUUCAAGAUCAAACAGGAAAAAACCAAGUCAUUCACUUGCAGCCCCGAGGAGGUCAUUUCAAGUGGUGACUACAAACAAUCCACAUACUGUCACCUCCUCCUUGGCCUCUUCUUCUCUGAUCAAGUAGAGUUCGUAACGUCGACAUUCGCUUACAGCAUAGUCCAGGCAUUUCGGUCAUUCGAAGAGCUCUGGAAAGAGAUAUGCAAUGACAUUAGACAAGGCACUCUUAGCCCAAAAAUCACCUUGCCAAAGAUGAGAAAAUCUGUGUUGGACAUCAUCACACCAAACCCAUGUUUGGCUUCGAGGAUCGAAGAUUGUUGUGAGGAGUUGAAGGAUCUAGACUGGUUUGGUCUAGUUCCUAAACUAUGGCCAAAUGUGAAGUAUGUGUACUCUAUAAUGACCGGAUCAAUGCAACCAUACUUGAAAAAACUAAGGCAUUACGCCUUGAAUUUGCCGUUAGUGAGCGCGGACUAUGGAUCCACAGAGGGUUGGAUUGGGGUGAAUGUGGAUCCUUCUUCUCCACCGGAGAAUGUUACUUUCGCAGUUGUACCCACAUUUUCUUACUUCGAGUUCAUACCACUUCACAGACAGAGGCAAGAGUACUGCCUUAAUUCAGCCACAGAUGACUACUUAGAAGAUGAACCAGUACCACUGUCUCAAGUCAAGGUUGGACAAGAGUAUGAGAUUGUCCUAACUACUUUUACAGGGCUUUAUAGGUAUAGAUUAGGAGAUGUGGUGGAGGUGGCUGAUUUUUACAAAGGAACUCCAAAACUGAACUUUAUAUGCAGAAGGAAGCUAAUUUUAACUGUAAACAUAGACAAGAACACAGAAAAAGACCUGCAGUUUGUGGUGGAGAGGGGAUCGCAGAUACUGAGCAAGGCGAGAGGCGAGCUAGUCGAUUUCACGAGCCAUGCUGACAUUGAGAAGCAACCUGGUCACUACAUAAUUUACUGGGAGAUCAAAGGGGAAGUGGAGGAGAGGGUUCUGAGUGAAUGCUGCAGGGAAAUGGAUGCAUCUUUCGUCGAUCAGGGAUACAUUGUGUCGAGGAGAACCAACUCAGUUGGGCCUCUGGAGCUUUGCAUUCUGGAGAGAGGGACUUUUAAGAAGAUUUUGGAGUACUACAUAGGAAAUGGGGCAGCAAUGAGCCAGUUCAAGACACCUAGGUGCACCAACAAUCAAGUCCUGUUGAGAAUUCUCAAUGUCUGCACCAUUAAGAGGUUCCAUAGCACAGCAUAUGGAUGAAAAUGAGAAACUUUGGGAAUAUGUUUUAUUUUUUUUUUUAUUACUAUUUUUUUUCUUUCCUAAAGGUAGUAUGUUUAAUUGUGGCAUUAAACAUUUUAAACCAAGAACAUUGUAGUUCUCAAAUGAAAGCAAAAGAAAAUUGACAUCCAAA